AUGUCAUUAGAAACUAGAUUUGAUAAUGCUCGUGCUUCCUCUAAAGCUAUUGUCAAGUCUCGUCUGGCACCAUACAUCACUAAUACAAUGUAUUUAAACUGGGAGCUACAGAUGCCGAAAAGAGUGAUGUCUACAGUGUUGGUCUCUUAUGGGAGUUAUCAAAUGGUCGUGCUCCUUUUUAUUGUGAAG